AUGAUAAUUUACGAAAGUGACGAAGUCGAGCGAAUUGCUCAUCUGGUGACAAUUGUAAUUGGUAUUUCAAUGUACAUCUUUGGUUUAAUUGGAAAUAGUUUAAAUAUAUUUGUAUUUACAAUUUGGUCUCGAUCUCGUAAACAAAUUAAUGAAUUUCAAAGUCCAAUUCGUGUGAGUAACAGUUCGUUAUAUUUAUUAACAUCAUCAUGUGCGAAUUUCCUUCUGAUUCUUUAUCCUCUUUUAACUCGAAUUAUUUUCGAUGGUUUUCAAUAUCCAAAAACAUCAAUGAAUGAAUUUUACACAUGUAAAUUACGCUUUUAUGCAUUACAUACGUUAGAUUCGAUUUCAUUGAUGUGUAUUUGUAUGGCAACAUUAGAUCGUUACUUGAUUUCUUCACGAAAAGUUUAUCUUCGUCAAUUGAGUCCAACAUUACAUCGAACGAAACAAAUUAUCGUUAUUUGUAUAGUUUUACUUUGUUUUCAUAAUAUUCCAAUAGGAAUUUAUUAUAAAGUGUCGGAUUUUAAUGAAUGUAUCAUAUCUUCUCCGAUUUAUAUUUAUUAUUAUCUAUGGAUUGUUCAAAUCUUUCUUCAUGGUAUCUUUCCGAUGAGUUUUCUUUUAUUUUUUGGUUUUUUGACGUAUAAACAAUUGAAAUUAUUUUUCCAUCCAAAUCGUCAAUUGAAUAUAAAUAUCGAUAAGCAAAUUUCUCGAAUGUUGUUGCUUUCGUGUUUAUCAAUUUCGAUUUCGUCAGUUCCGUAUUCGAUUCAAUAUGUUUAUUCGGUAUUUUAUACUGAAUUCAACGAGCGAUUGACAUCGUAUAAACUUCUGGCGUAUUAUAUUUCAGUACUUUCAUUUUUUUCAAAUGCAGUUUUGAGUUUUUAUAUAUAUCUUAUCUCAACACCGAAUUUUCGACAACAAGUCAAGAAAAUUUGUUCCGGUCAAGUCAGAUUUGGAGGAUAUGCCAACAAUCGAGUGAAUAUCAUCGGUUCAGCUCUAAAUUUAUAG